AUGCAUCCUUUUGACAAAACGGGAAAAAAACACGUUUUUUUUUUCUCCUUUCCUUUUCCUCAGUAUUUCGCCUCCGUCCUCCCUGUGUGCAGAUUCGCCAAAGACACGCAUCGAUUGACCGAGAUUCACCUGAGUUUUUUUUACCCCCCAUCCGUGGACGUUCAUUCAAACCUCACCUCUCCACUAUCUCCACCGGAGUUGAAACUAAGAAGUGUUUAUCAGAAACAUCGCUAAAGCUUUUUUUCCCCCGCUUCUGGACCGGAGAUCUGGAGAUGAAGACAGAUUUUACGUUUUUCUAUCGGACUUGGAUUGGAAUAGCGUACGCCUCAGGUCUGGUGAUUGGCUUUUCUAUGACUCCACCCAUCCUUGACAGCUCCAGAGGCGACCUAGUGAUUCCAGUCCACGAAACACUCACCAUUACAUGCAGGGGACAGCACACUCUGGCCUGGGCCUGGCCUGACCAGACUCUUGUGGGACAGGAGCUAACCGACCGUGAGGCCCGGCUGUUGACCCCUGGGGCCCCCGGGCAGAGGGUCGCCGUAGUCAGCGAGUGUCCGGGGCAGGCUGGGAGACCGUACUGCAAGAGUCUGGUCCUGAACGGGGCACUAGGGAAAGACACGGGCUACUAUCGCUGCUAUUACAAGGAUGUCAAGGCCAUUAUUGACGGCACCACUGCCGUCAGCAUUUAUGUCUUCAUCAGGGACCCAGAGCAGCCCUUCGUCAGGAGAAGUGACCUGGAGACCAUUUUAGUCAACCGCACCACCACGCAUGUCACAGUGCCAUGUCUGGUCACAGUGCCGGAUCUGAACGUCACUCUCCAUGCGUAUCCCAUGCCUCUGGAUAUGGAUGCGAUGACAUGGAACAACAAGCAAGGCUGGUCCAUUCCCAGACACAUUAUAGACAGUGACCCGGAUCUCUUUGGAGUUGCUUGUGUCGCCACACUGGGUGGCAAAGAGUACAAGUCUGCCAGCUACCUGGUCCACAUGACAGGAAGUCAGGUUUACGAUGUCAAGCUGUUUCCUCAGGACCCAGUAGAGCUGAUCGCGGGGGAGGCCCUCACCCUGAACUGCACAGCGUCAGUUGAGUUCAACACGGGGGUGGACAUUCAGUGGUCUUACCCUGGCAAAGAGACGAACAGUUUGGUGCACACUAAGGCCCAUCGUGAAGCUUUGUCUCAGGCUACAGAGGCUGUAAGCAUCCUGACCAUCCACAGUGUCAACGUCACAGACAGUGGCCCAUACUUCUGCAAUGUAACCAGCAUGGACACAACACAAACCCAGCGAACUAAGGUCAUAGUUUAUGAAAGGCCAUUUAUCAACCUCGACUACAGAACUGGACCAGUGGUGGAGGUAACUGCUGGCCAGAAGUUGUUCAAAUUACAAGUAAAUGUGUCUGCCUUCCCCACACCUGAAACACAAUGGUAUAAAGAUGGAAAGCAGUUCAAGAUGAAAAGAAUGAGGGUUCAUCUUAACCACGCUUUGGAGAUUAAGGAUGUUUGUCAGGAGGAUUCUGGGCACUACAUGGUGGUGCUGAAAAAUAGUGCUGCUGCUCUGGAGAAGAGGCUCAACAUCACGCUUGUUGUCAAUGUCCCCCCACAGAUUCAUGAGAAAGAGGUGGCAGAGCCGUCCAGUCCGUACCCCAGUGGUAGCAGCCAGACUCUAACAUGCACCGCCUAUGGUCUCCCAGAGCCCAACAUCACCUGGCAGUGGAGGGCCUGGGGCCCCUGUGUUCUCAACAGCACCCAAAGUAGACUGGUCCGUCGAGACAGGAAGGGCCGGAGUGACAGGAUCGCGGACUGUCAGAACUGGCAGGACAUUAACUUGGAAAACACCAUGAAUGAAAUCGAGGCUAUUGAAACGUCCAUGGAAGUGGUGGACGGACGACAAAAGAUAGUGAGCAGGCUUCAGAUUCGCAACGCCAGUGUUUCCGUCAUGUACAAGUGUUCUGCUGAAAACAAAGUCGGCAAGGAUGAACGGCUCAUCUACUUCUAUGUAACCACCAUCCCUGAGGGGUUCAGCGUGGACGUCCAACCCUCCGAGAAUCCCCUGGAGCAAGACAAAGUGUCCCUGUGCUGCAGUGCUGACAAUUACACCUACGAGCAGCUGCAGUGGUACCGCCUCGACCCCCAGGCCCUGCAGGAUGAGCAGGGCAGGCACCAGGAGCUGGACUGCAGGAGCGUGCACCUCUACGCCAUCAUGCUUGACGGCCAGCUCUCCUUCCAGGAGCCCUCCAACAGCUGGGUCCUGGACUUCACCAUCCCCUCCAUACAGCUGCACGAUGAGGGUCAUUAUGUGUGCGAGGCUCAGAGCAGGCGCAGCGGGGAGAAACAGUGCCUGUUCAGAUACAUCUCUGUCAAAGCCCUGGAGGCUCCUCGGUACAAGCGCAGUCUCACCAACCAGACAGUGAAUGUGACCGAGUCUCUGCGGAUGGAGUGCGAUGCGGAAGGCAGACCACUGCCGCGCCUGUUCUGGUUCAAAGACAACCAGCCUCUCCACCAAAUGUCAGGGAUCCAGCUGCAAGAUUCAAACCGCACUCUGAGUAUCCAGCGGGUGAGAGAGGAGGACGCCGGGCUUUACACCUGCACAGCCUGUAACCAGCGUGGAUGUGUCCACUCCUCAGCCGCCGUCAGGGUCAUCGGUUCAAGUGACAAGGCCAACGUGGAGAUUGUAAUCCUCAUCGGGACCGGAGUCAUCGCUGUUUUCUUCUGGGCCUUGCUCAUCCUCAUUUUCUGCAACGUGAAACGGGUUAACCCGGCAGACAUAAAGACGGGCUAUCUGUCAAUCAUUAUGGACCCGGCGGAGGUGCCUCUGGAUGAGCAGUGUGAAUACUUGCCCUAUGACUCCUCUCAGUGGGAGAUCUCCAGAGACAGACUCCAACUGGGAAAGGUUCUGGGCCACGGUGCCUUUGGAAAAGUAAUUGAGGCAUCAAUCUACGGCAUCAGCAAGAGCAACAGUUUGGACACAGUGGCUGUCAAGAUGCUGAAGGAUGGAGCCACAGCCAGUGAGCAUAAGGCCUUGAUGUCAGAGCUGAAGAUCCUGAUUCACAUUGGUAACCAUCUGAAUGUAGUCAACCUGUUAGGAGCCUGCACCAAACCAAAUGGUCCGCUGAUGGUGAUAGUGGAAUACUGCAAGUAUGGGAACCUGUCCAACUUUCUACGAGCCAAAAGAGAGUUCUUCCUCCCGUACAGGGAUCGCUCUCCAAAAACCCAGAGCCAGGUGAGACGGAUGAUCGAAGCGGGUCAAAUGGACCAAAGAGCCCGUCACCCACCUUCUCCGUCGUCCUCCCCGCUCACCAGUCCUCAGAGUCCGUCAUCCAACGCGUCCAGUCAGAGUCCUGCGGUGGAGAAAAUGGAGGACUUGUGGAAAACUCCUCUGACAAUAGAAGAUCUAAUUUGCUACAGUUUCCAGGUGGCUCGUGGGAUGGACUUCCUGGCCUCCAGAAAGUGUAUCCACAGAGACUUGGCAGCCCGGAACAUUCUCCUGUCAGAGAACAACAUCGUGAAGAUCUGUGACUUUGGCCUGGCCAGAGACAUAUACAAAGACCCCGACUACGUCAGGAAAGGCAAUGCUCGCCUGCCUUUAAAGUGGAUGGCUCCAGAGAGUAUCUUUGACAAAGUGUACACCAGCCAGAGUGACGUGUGGUCUUUUGGAGUUCUCCUCUGGGAAAUCUUCUCACUGGGUGCGUCUCCGUACCCAGGGGUACAGAUUGACGAGGACUUCUGCAAACGACUGAAAGACGGCGUUAGGAUGAGAGCACCGGAGACCGCCUCCCCUGAAAUAUAUGGCAUCAUGCUGGCCUGCUGGCAGGGUGAGCCCAAAGAGAGACCAACCUUCCCUGCUCUGGUGCAAAUCCUGGGAGACCUGCUGCAGGACAACAGCCUACCUGAUGGGAAGGACUACAUCCCUCUGAAUCACUCACAGAGCUCAGAAGAUGAUGGUUUCUCACAGGCCUCAUCACGGCCGCCGUCUGAAGAGGAGCUGAGACUGGCCUGCAACACUCUGCCCACCAGGUAUUAUAACUGCGUGCCCUUUGCCGGCUGUGUGUUUGUGGGACCCUCCAAAAUAUGCCAGCCCAGAGUGAAGACAUUUGAGGAGUUUCCCCUAGAGAUGCACCCACAGAAAGCUCCUCAAGAUAACCAGACGGACAGCGGGAUGGUUCUGGCCUCUGAAGAAUUUGAGAGAAUUGAGCACAAGCACAGGGGUGCCGUCUCAAAAAGUCGUAUAGGCAGCAGCAGCAGCACAGAGCCUCUGACAGCUUCCCAUGGUUCCCUGGGUCGAAGCAGCGACGCCAGCAGCUCCAGGCACCGCCCCAACUUCUUCAGCCAGCUGUCGGGACAGACCUUCUACAACAACGAGUACGGGCAUCUGUCUGAGGAGGGCUUCUGCGACUUCUUCUCCUCGCCAGAAGCCCCCUGCCUGGCCUCAUCCAAUGUGUAAUCUUACCAAAGAUGCAGCCUGAAAGAAUGGAAGGGGUUAAAAAAAAAAAACAAGUAGCUCUGGUUGUGGGAGGUGUGUAAGAUUUAGUAACAUCCCAGUGUCGACAUGUAACUAGUCAUUCAUUAACAAAAUCAGGUUAUAGAUCCUUGUGACCAGAGCUGACCUCCACUCAUCUCAAAGUUCAUCCUUUCUUCCUCUCGGGCUGGAGCCUCAACAAACAGACUGAGCUGUAUGUGCCUGAAGUUUCUCUAACCAGCCACUGGGUGGCAGCAUAAUGACAAAAACAAACCCGAAGUAUUUUCUAUUCACACAUUUAUAUUUUUAUCUUUUAUAUACAGAGUAUUCUUCCUUUAUUUGUACAAAUUAUGACUCAUAUGGGAAGAAAUAAAGAAAUUUAUCUUC